AUGCCGAAUUUGCAAGCAUCUCGAGCAAAUAUAGCACCAAAUCAGCCAUUGAAUGGUUCCAAUGCGGACGAUCCAGCCUCCCUUGAUCUAUCAACUUCCAAUGUCUCAAAAAUUAGCUUGACCCUAAAUUACAAGCAACAAGCGACCGCGACAACAACGAAAACCGCAGAAGACCAGCAAGCCGUUGAGAACCCCGUCCAAACAAACAGAAAAUGUCAAUAUUCUUUCAACCCUCUCAAAUGGGGUAAAAUGCCCCCCGUACCCCUCGAAAGGUCGCCCUCGGGCGAGUACGGUGCCAACUGGCUGAGUCAAAUGACUUUCCAAUGGAUGAAUUCGAUCAUGAGUGUGGGGUAUCGGCGACCUUUGGAGCUGAACGACAUUUGGCUGGUGAAUCCAGAUCGCCAAAUUGAUAAGCUUUCUGCCCGCUUUAAUACGGCGUUCAAACAGCAAAUGGAACGAAGAGCCACAUGUCCUCUUUUCAUGGCCUUGCAUGACACCUUCAAACGCGAAUUUUGGCUCGGCGCUUUGUGUGUAUUUUUUGCUUCCAUUUGCCAAGUAAUGACCCCAUUCAGUCUGCGCUUUCUGAUCAAGUGGCUCACGGCCGCCUACUACAAACAUGACCCAGGUGAAGAUACCCAUGGGUUUGGAAAGCAGAUUGGGCUGGUUUUUGGAAUCAUGGGAAUGCAGAUUAUCCAGAGCUUUGGCACCAACCAGUUCAUUUAUCGAGGAUUCAUGGUUGGUGCACAAGCUCGGGGAGUCUUAAUAUCGGCCAUAUUUGAGAAGACCAUGAAGAUCUCUCAUCGGGCACGGGCUGGAACCCAGAUGUCUACGACGAGCGAUCAUCCCGAUGAAAACAAGCCGGAUAAUAAACCGAAAUCAAAAAGGGAUACACAGGAUGGUAUGAACACGGAUGAAGCAGGCUCGCCUAAUGGCCGUGUGAUGAACAUGAUGUCUACCGAUACCUCCCGGAUUGAAUUGGCCUGUGGAAUGUUUCAUCUCCUCUGGGUCUCGCCGUUGACGAUCCUCCUCGCCCUGGCCCUUCUUGUUAUCAACAUGACAUACUCCGCAUUGGCCGGUUUUGGAUUGCUCUUUUUGGGCAUUCCAUUACUUACUCUCACCAUGAGGUCCCUGAUCCAAAGGCGGCGGAUGAUCAAUAAGAUUACGGACACUCGAAUCUCCCUGACCCAAGAAAUCACUAGAUCCGUACGAUUUGUCAAGUUCUACGGGUGGGAAAAGGCAUUCCUCGAGGCACUCCGUGCCUGUCGCAGAAAUGAAGUCACGAUGAUUCAAAAGUUGAUGGCUCUACGGAACGCAAUGAAUGCAGUAUCGGUAUCCCUGCCAAUAUUCGCAUCGAUGCUGUGUUUCAUUGUCUAUUCAGUAUCUGGGCAUGAGCUCAAUGCAUCCUUGGUCUUCUCUUCUCUAUCAAUUUUUAACUCCCUGCGGGUUCCUUUGAACCUCUUACCCGUGGUAAUCGGCCAGAUGACAGAUGCCUGGGCAUCAAUGCGUCGCGUUCAGAAUUACCUCCUGGCUGAGGACCAGCGAGAGGAAUUUAUUUGGGACUUUGAUGCCGCUCAGGCUAUUGAUGUUCAAAAUGCCUCUUUUGUUUGGGAGCACUCCAGUACCACUGUUCAAGCUGAAAAUAGCAAAGCUUCUGGUAGGACUAGUGAGGGAGGGCAAGAGCAGACGGAAAAGUCCGAGAAUAUUUCAACGUGUUCUUCAACCGCAUCUCUUGUCCAUUCUGGUGAUUUUACACUUGAAAAUAUUAACCUAUCCGUUGGACGAUCUGAUCUUGUGGCCGUCAUAGGCAAAGUUGGCUCUGGGAAGAGCUCUUUGCUUUCUGCUCUCGCUGGGGAGAUGCGCAAAACUGACGGCCUGGUAACGAUGGGGGCCACUAGAGCGUUCUGCCCUCAGUCCGCGUGGAUUCAAAACGCCACCGUCCGAAACAAUAUUCUAUUCGGCAAGGUUAUGGAUCGUCAAUGGUACGAAGAAGUGAUUCGUGCAUGUGCUCUAAAACCCGAUUUGGAUAUGCUACCGGCAGGCGAUGAGACAGAAAUCGGAGAGCGAGGAAUUACGCUCAGUGGAGGUCAACGACAAAGGCUGAACAUUGCUCGGGCAAUCUACUUUGAUAGCCCUAUCAUCCUCCUGGAUGACCCGCUGUCAGCGGUAGAUGCGCACGUUGGUCGGCAUUUGUUCGACCGCGCUAUCUGCGGCCUACUCGGUAAUAAGUGCCGCAUUCUUGCCACGAACAGGCAUGACAUUCUCUGUCGAUGUGACAAAGUAAUUUGGAUGGAUGAAGGUCGCAUCAAGGCGGUUGACACAUACGACAAUCUCAUUGCUUCUAAUUCCCAAUUUUCAGAGCUGAUGGCUUCAAACACACGGGACGAGGCUGGUGGAGGUGGACCAUCUGCUCAACAAUCCCCGACCGAGCUCACGACAGAUGAAAAGAUACUCGAGCCAGCGUCUCUCAUCCAGGACGAAGACCGAUCAGUUCUUAGUAUCGACUGGAGCGUGUAUAUUGCCUACAUUCGCGCAUCCGGCUCGAUUUGGUACGGAAUAAUUCCGUUCUUCUUGCUCGCUAUCGCUCAGUCUGCGAACAUCCUUACCAAUCUUUGGUUGUCUUAUUGGACUGAUGGCAAAUUCUCUUUGAGCAAGGGCCAAUAUAUCGGCAUAUACAUAGCCUUUGGGGUUAUACAGGCAGCUCUCAUGUUUCUUUUCUCUCUUUCUGUCUCAAUGCUAGCCACCAGGGCAAGCCGGACCAUGAUGGGCAAAGCACUGGCGGGUGUUCUUCGGGCCCCAAUGUCCUUUUUUGACACGACACCUCUGGGUCGAAUUAUAAAUCGCUUCUCCAAGGAUGUUGACACGAUGGACAAUGCCUUAGCGGAUGCAAUUCGCAUGUACUUGUACACGCUGGCUAUGAUCCUGAGUGUUUUCAUUCUUCUGAUCGUUUAUUUCCACUACUUUGGUAUUGUCAUUGGGCCACUUCUGUUGCUCUUCUUAGCUGCUGCCGCCUACUAUCGUGCCUCUGCUCGAGAUAUGAAGCGCCAUGAAGCCGUUCUCAGAUCGGCAGUCUUUGCUCGGUUCAGCGAGGCCAUCUCAGGAACUGCAAGUAUUCGUGCCUACGGACUACAGAAUCAUUUUACCUCUGUCCUUCAAGCAGCAAUCGAUGAUAUGAAUUCAGCAUACUACCUUACAUUCAGCAAUCAGCGAUGGCUUACUAUGCGCUUGGAUGCUAUCUCCAUUCUCCUAGUGGCCACUACAGGAGUCUUGGUGGUUACAUUGCGCCAUGUUGUCUCGCCCAGUAUAUCCGGCCUUGUCUUCUCCUACAUUCUGACCAUUGUUCAAAUGAUUCAACUGUUAGUAAAGCAGUUUGCAGAGCUCGAGAACGCAAUGAAUGCCACUGAGCGCGUGCAUUUCUACGGCUCAAAUCUCGCGAGAGAGGAAGACGAGGAAUCUACUUCCUAUAAUCCUCUGUCAGUAGAUAGAUGCUGGCCUAAAAUCGGAUCGAUUGAAUUUGACGACGUUCAUAUGCGAUAUCGACCGGGCCUCCCACUCGUUCUUCAAGGCCUAACACUUCAUGUUGCUGGUGGAGAGAGGAUCGGCAUCGUGGGUCGGACCGGCGCCGGAAAAUCAUCGAUCAUGUCUGCCCUUUUCCGCCUCACAGAGCUCGCUAGAGGAAGCAUCAAAAUUGAUGGAAUAGACAUCUCACGCGUAUCCUGUCAUGAUCUUCGCUCUCGGCUUUCUAUCAUUCCCCAAGAUCCUACGUUGUUCCUUGGAAAUAUUCGAACAAACCUUGAUCCGUUUAAAGAACAUACAGACUUGGAGCUCCAGUCUGCACUCCGUCAAGUUGGUUUGACGAGAGAGGAUAGUGCGAACAGUGCCUCUAAAAUCCAUCUCGACUCCCCAGUGGAGGAGGAAGGGCAGAAUUUCUCGCUCGGUCAGCGCCAGUUGCUGGCAUUGGCACGAGCCCUGGUCCGUGACAGUCAGAUAGUAGUUUGUGAUGAAGCCACCUCCUCCGUCGACUUGGAAACCGACCGCAACAUCCAAGAAACUAUUCGAACAAAAUUCCGCGGCAAAACACUUCUUUGUAUCGCACACCGACUGCAAACCAUAAUUACAUAUGACAAGGUGUGUGUCAUGGAUAAGGGAGUGAUCGCCGAGCUGGACACACCUCUGAAUCUAUGGGAGUCAGGGGGUCUUUUCCGGGGAAUGUGCGAUCAGAGUGUUGUUGUUCGGCAAGACUUUUUUGAUUGA